UCUUUUCCUUCAGAUUCUCCGGUGUUCGCAACGGUCCCAAGUCUAGUGUCACAGUUUCACCAAACGAUCUCUUUACGACAAAACGAUAAAACCCAUGGCAUACUCACAGCCAUUCCCGUCGACUGCACCAACUAAAUCAGCAGAUCCUCACUAUGGACCAGACCUCGCAGUUCGCCUUAUCUGUCCAGAAUGCAAGGACCCAAACCCGAACAUUGUUGAAGAGUUUGGAAGUGGCGACCUCGUUUGUGGCAACUGUGGCCUAGUACUCGGAGACAGAGUCAUUGAUACUCGCAGUGAAUGGCGUACGUUCGCCAAUGACGAGGGAGACGAUCCUUCUCGUGUCGGUGCAGCGUCUGACCCUCUGCUGGAGGGUAUUGAGCAGCUCGAUACCGUGAUUAGCUUCAGAGACGGAGGCAGCGGCAUCGCACGCGAACUGCAACGCGCAGCUUCGCGUUCGCAGAACAACCGCUCAGAGCGCAACCUCCUCACCGCCUUCCGCGACAUCAGCAACUGGUGCGACCAGUUCUCACUCCCAAAAACAAUCAGCGAUAUCGCCAAACAGCUCUACAAACGCGCGGACGAGGAGAAGCUGUUACGCGGGAAACCUGUAGAAGCUGUGAUCGCUGCGUGCAUUUUUAUAGCUUGCAGGAAGGCCCAUGUACCGCGUACGUUUAGGGAGAUUUGCAACUUGACAAGAGUGUCGAAGAAGAUGUUGGGGCAGUGUUACAAGGCGCUGGAGCAGUCGCUCAAUCUUUCCGGGCCAGAGUCGAUGCCCCUCGCGAAUACACCUACGACUGGACCUGAGAAGCUCCUCGUGCGGUACUGCAACCAUCUCGAUUUGCCCGCCAACGUCCAGGCGAUCUGCUCCGAAAUCAUUGUGAAUGCACGAAACCAUGGCAUCGCGGAUGGUCGUAGUCCAAUAUCCAUCGCAGGCGGGGCCAUCUACUUUACCUGUUUACUCCUCGGAAAGCCCAAGCCGAUACGCGAAAUCAGCGCUGUGGCCGGAGUCAGCGAGGGAACCAUUAAGUUGGUUUAUAGGUUGUAUUAUAAUGACAGAGAAAAGUUGGUCAAGAAGGAGUGGAUAGAGAGUGGGAAGGCGGAUCUGUCUCGUUUGACGAUCGAACCGGUCAAGUAGACCUGUGUUGCGACAUUUUGAUUUGGACGCUCUUUUUUAUUAGCCUUCGUUUUCGUAAUGCUUUCAUUUUGCUUCCCUUCGAUCAUCUGUCCCGCUCGGGCGCUUGAUGUGCGCUUAAAGCGGUUUGGACUAUCUUCUCAUCCCAUCUCCCUUCACCGCCGGGUUCGCAUUUACAGUUAUUCUUAUGUGAUCUCCAAUCCAUCAACACCUUGCCAUUGUUGUACCAUCCCUGUACCACUGUAAC